CUGGUGUAGUCCAGUAUGACUUUCCUCUUAAUUCUGCGCCUCGGGCCCUUUACCUCGCAACGAGUCGCCACAGUCGCCAGUCAAUUAAAGUCCAUGGACGUGCGAGGUCGCUUCUCGCUCCGGCCGAGUUUUACCUGCUGCCUAUUUUUCUACAAUAGGGAAUAGCAAGUAAUAAUACGUGGCGCUCGCGGUUUGUGCCAGUAUGGCACGCAGGCACGCAGGCACGCACCGGCAGGCACGGACAGGGGCAAUCCUGGGGGGCUUCGCCCCCCCCUGGUUCGCUUCGCUCGGGGGCCUCAGCCCAAAAAAGAGCAACGCGCACGUUGCAGGCGCAAUCCCGGUCGUACGCCAUGACAGGCACAAAGGGCAUGAAGCGUGAGUUGGCGUCCGGUAGCUUCCGAGCCGGGCCGCCGUACAACUACCUGCUCACACUCGCGGGCGCCAAGAAGCGCAGUGCGCGUGCGGUCGUGCCCAAGGCCAAGGCGGGCAAGGCCAAGGCGGCGGCAGGUGAUGAGAUGCAGGAGUAGAGGUGACUUGGCAGAUUUUGGUAUGUUUGGUAAUGCGUGGGGGCGGGAGAGCUUGCGACGGCGGUGGGUCCUCGUUGGGCUGCGGUAGUGCGCCCGCCGCACGAACGUGUUGGACGGUGUGCACGUGUGGAGACGACGUGAAAGGGAGUAAAAACGUGGCAUGACUUAACGUUAUGGAUAAAUGAUUCGUGAGUGCCACGUCGGAUGUGAAGAUGGAGGUUACUGGAGGAUGGCGGGCUCGACCAAUGGGCGUUGACAAAUAGUGGGUCCUUGCACCAGUCGGGCCCGGGGUGCAGGCACUGCCGGUGAGCUGCCGCUGCCAUCGUCUGUGGGUGUUUGUUGCGCACUUGAAAGGCGAGCAAUGGCGUCGGCUUGCUGCAAGGUGUUUUACUGCGUUGUCUCAGGGACGGGAGCAGCUUGCUCGGUGGCUACUGGCGCGCUGGCCAGGCCACCCGCGGCUGGCAAAGCGUAGGCGCCGUUCGUAGGGCCUGGCGCACCUUUUGCGAACGUGCCUAGGCUUUUGUGGUUUAUAGUUUGGCCAGAAAUAGCUGAUGAUGAUGACAAUUAGAGCAUGCUGCGCAAAACAUGACGACCGCAGGCCUCCGUGGACGGGGUACCGGCGGCCGUGUUGUAUACGGCGAUGGUGACCACGGCGGGCGGAGGCUGGCUUUGUGCGCAAGCGCAGUGUAUGAUUGCGG